ACAGCAUUAUUCGAAUUGUUGUCAAUCAGAGAGGACGGUGCGCAUUUUUAUCCUCCGUGUCGUCGUCGUUUUGUUGGUCGUCGUGGUAUGGUGAAGUGGUUCAAGACCUUUUUUAAUUUAACCGAGUUUUAAAUUCACUAGAAUACAACUUACAACAACAAAAAGAAAACAAGAAAAACAUGGCAUUUCUUCAAGAAAAGAAAUUUCAAAGUUUUUAAUAAGAAUUUAGCGAAGUUCAAGUAAGUCGCAAGUGUGACAAAAACCCGCAUCACCUUAAAAAAGUGUCGUUUUUUUUUUAACGAAGAAAUCAAAAAUUAAAAACAGUGAAGUGGAUAAAUUAUUCAAACAUAUGAAAAAGUCACAGCGAGGUGUUUGUUGUUUGCUUUCCUGAAUCAUAUCGUUUCCGAUGACUCUUUCUAAUCACGUUGAUUAUUUUUAUUAAUAACCCAAAAAAAGAAGUGCUAGAUUUAUGUAAUCAGGUUGGUUUGGUUUAUUUGCCUUCUUCGUGGUGUCGUCGUUGUUCUUCUUGUUGUUGUUUUAUUUUUGAGUGUGCCUGGCUUUUGGCUUUGUUGUGUGUGCGCAAAUUUUCGUGAUUCAUUUUUCAAAAAAAAUAAAAUAAAAAGAAUUAAAAAUUCCUUCAGAAAUUCAAUACAAAAAAGUGCAGUCACGGAAGUAAGAGCCAAGAAUUUCAGUUGAAAAUCAGAAGAAGAAAAAGUUAAACACGAUACAAAAGAAAAAAUUGGUCAACGAAGAAAACACAAGAAAAGAAAUUCCUUUCUGUUCGAAAAAUUGAUGCAGGUUCGGGAAUCGAAUCGGGAACGGGAAGUUUAAAAUUAAACAACAAAAAGUUUAAGAAAAGUAAAAAUCAGAUCAAACAAUUUGUUUUUGUUUUAUUUAAACAACGAACGUUUCGAUAGUGGAGAUGAGAAACUAGUUGGACUGGUGGUAGGUACAACAAAACAAAACAACACACUCACUGGUAACUGAUCUGCUGUUGUGGUCUCUGGUCUUUGGUGCUAGUUCUGGUGGUGGUUCACCUCAACUUAACUUAAAAGACGACUCUGAAGCUAAACAACAUCCAUCGACCUUUCUUUCGCGUGGAACGACCACUUCUCAUCUCUAAACAAAUAAAUGGAAUAAUAAUGUCAUGGGAUCUUGUACUAGGCGACACUUUUUGCUGUCAACAUGUUUUCUGCAAUUGAUAACUAUAAUCGAGCGCCAAGUGUUCGACUUUCUCGGAUACAUGUGGGCACCCAUAUUUGCUAAUUUCUUGCACAUUAUAUUUGUAAUAUUUGGAUUCUAUGGAGCAUAUCAUUUUCGAGUGAAAUACAUAAUUACAUAUUUAAUAUGGAGUAUUAUAUGGAUCGGAUGGAACUCGUUUCUAAUAUGUUUCUAUUUAAAUGUUGGAGAGCUAGACAGAGACAGCGACAUAUUGAAUCUAGGAACCGGUAGCGUCUCAUGGUUUGAAGUUAAUGGAUAUGGUUGUAAGCCAACUUAUCCAACAAAUAUAACCUCCGAUGAUCCUUACCGUCCUAUAAGGCCAGAACAUGUCGAUGAUUGCCUUUUGGAAUAUCAUUUAAUUGAAGUAGUCCAUUCAGGUGUACAAUGCUUUUUAGCGACGCUUGCCAUUAUAGGCUCUAUUAUGAUAAGUUACAUAUUCCUAGAUGAAGACGAUCGAUUGAAGCAUGGUAGUAAAAAAGCCAAACACCGUCAAUCGUUGUACUCAAUUGAAUUUGGCCCCUCAUCCAUGGAUACGAUACGAAAUCGAGCCGAUACGAUAUUAGAUUACGAUGACCAAAUCGAAGAUCGCAACGGACAGCUAAGCCCCAAACCAAUGACACCACGCCGAGUAAAACGACGCUCUGUAAUGACCCGUGGAUCGAAUAGCCGCCAUAGUACAACCAGUCGACGAAGUCAUGCCAGCUCAAGCAAUCGUAAUAGCAUGCGAACUUCACGUCGAAAAUACCAACAGAAUCCCGUGACCAAACUUAUGGAUCAACAACAACAGCAAAUGCAGCAAAAUACGGGUGGUAAAUCUAUGGGUAGCUUUCAGCAUGUUGAAAAUCCCGCAUUAACAGCUUCCAAUUUGCAAUCGUUGAAUAAUGAGAUUGUAAGCAGUUUGACGAAGCCACCGAAAAAAUACAGUAGCUUCAAUAAGAACAUACCUCCGGAUCCAAUUUACUAUAACACAAGUAGCAGUACAUUGCAGUUGCAACAGUCCUGGGCUUCGGGUAAUACUUCGACGGGUCUGUAUAAUCCGACUUAUCAGCAUUCUACUCCGAAUUUGAAUGAUGGCGAACAUGUGGACGAGUUGUACAAUAAUCGUCCUCCUUCGGUUAGAUCGAGCUAUUCAAAUUUCCAUGGUGCAAGACCGUUGAGCUCGUAUAAUCCUCCGGUAGCUGAAAAUGUGUUUGUUGGCAUAACUGGUCAACAGCAACAUCAACAGCAACACCAACAACAACAGCAGCAGCAUUUGCCACAUCAAGAGCAACAACAGCUUCAAUUUCAACAACAGCAGCAACAACAUCAACAACAACAACAUCAACAUUCACAUCACCAUCAUCAUCAACAACAGCAACUACAACAAAAUCAGCAACAGCAACAACAGCAUUCGCCUAGUUUUUCUAGCACUCCACCUCAAAAUAUACCAUUUUCCAAACGUACAGCAUCUCGAGAGAGUAUACGGUCAAUGGCAUUUUUGAACAGCGGCCCACCUGCAUACAAUUUAAACUAUCACACACCUCCAGAUUCGGAGACAACAAUGUAAAUAUGAAAUAAGAAUCUUCGACUAAUAUUGUUUUUUUUUUAAUAUAGAUACAAUCAAUUUUAAGAAUCAUGCUAUGUUAGGAAAUCCGUCCAACUGUUUUUGGUCCAACUGAAUAUAGCAUGAACCUAGUUUAUUUAAAUGGUUUGAGAAACUAUACAAAAGUUAUAAGUUUUGUAAAACUUGAUAAACCACUUUAGCAGUUGUAAUGCAGCAUAUAAAUACCAUGAAGGGGAAAUAUUUUUUGUUUAGCAAUCCAGAAGCACUCUGUGGCAGGGACUUGACAACAAGGUUUUGAACCUGCGAAUAAAUUAUGCUUUUACGAAGAUCUUAUAGGCCUUAUUAUGAAUCCGAAAAAAAAACAUCACUUUAGGCUUUUUAAUAAAAUGUUUUGAUGAUUUUUAAUAUCUUUGAUCCCAUCUUCAAUAUUUAGUGUUUCAUAACUUUUUGGAAAAUCCUCAUUAGUUGUCAGUAUUCACCUAUAUCACAUAAUCCUGGGAAAAGGCAAUGAAGCAUGCACGCCAAAAUAGUUUAGACAAAAAACGCUUUAAAAUUACGUUUUUCAAAUCAAUUAAUUGAAGUAGUAUAAAAAGAACGUUCAAAACGGGUGUUUUUUGUAAUUGGAAUAAACUGAUUCUCGGACUGGAAAUCUGCCCUAAUGAUGUUUUCCAUGGGUAAAUUUAGAUUUCCUUCAAAAAUUAAUUUUUUUUGUGUAUUAGUAUUGGUACAAAGAGUGGUAAAUCUGCCGAAAAAUCCAGAUCAGCAGAUUUGACCUUAAAUAAAAAACAAAUCAAUUUAUUUUGCCCCAUGGAAAUUAUUAUUUUAGGAAAAUCUUUGUUUUGACAAAUCUGGAUCAAAAAUAAAUUGAUUUAUUUUAACCAUGGGAAACCUCAUAAGAAUUAUCUUUGAAUCCUAUUUUUUUUAAAUUAUGAUAUCAUAAGAUUCAACUUUUUGAAAUGAAGACUCAUGACCAAUAAGAACUUCAGAAAACUAUAAGAUUAUUAAAUCGGAGUAAAUGCACUGCGACCUAAAUAUCUAUUGUGCUCUCUUCUAGAAUUGUAUGAAAUUCUCAUUUUAUAAUUAUUCCUCUAUGUUUAUCUCUUCCGAAAACUUAUAAAUAGAUUUAAAAUAUAUCUAGAAAAUAAAUAAUUUAUUGUAUUUUUCAAGAUCGUCAAAACAUUAUCUGUUAAGAACUACACAGCCGAACAUAAAAAAAUUAGAAUCAUUCCUGUUUAGUACGAAAUAGUUUUAUUAAGUUUUAGUGAAAAAAACUAAUAAAAACGGUUUUCUGAAUGCACCUUUGUGCGAGUCUUUCAGAUAGAUUGCAAGACUUGGCCAACAAUCAACAGCUAGUCGUUUUCGAACGUUCACUGGAAAAAGCAAGAAAGUUUUUUAAAACUGGACUAGUCUUUAAAUCGUCCUUGGAGUUAUAUAGAACUGAAGGUCCAUUUCUAGCUGAAAAAAGAAACAUAAAUGUCUAGCCCUUAUGUUGAUUCGGCUUUUUUCGAAAAAGUACUUUCAAAGGUCCCGAUUGUUCGUCAUUCAACGAAGUUAAGGCAAAUCUUACUUGUUUCAAAAAUUGAUAUACAAUAUUUGUUUCUACCAGUUUAUAAAAAAUAUCAAUCCAUGUUCAUGGUCCAAAACAAACGAUUCUUUCACUUUCUCCAGCGUCAAGCGGUUUCAUUCUAAAGUUUAAACAAAUUGGGAUGUAUUCAUAGAGAAUUACUAAAGUCGUGAUUUCUUGAUCUAUAGUUGAAGGCUUGUUAAUUUAAUAAACACAGCUUUUAUUUAUAGUCAAUUUUCCUGAUGUGUUUAAAUGUAACUUUUCACUCAAACAAAUUACAAAAUUAAAUAAAUACUUCCAACUUUGAAUAUCUCUUAGAUUUGAAGUUUUUCUUUUCUUGAAAACUGUUAUUUUCUUUGCAACAAAUACGAGACAAACAGAAUCUGCACUUUAUUUUGUCGCUUGUCAACUUCGUAUGCUUUAAGAUCCAAGCAAUUCAUUGGAGCAUAAUUGUUUGAAGUAAAGCUGGACUCUCAGCCGAAAUUACAUAUCAUCAGCGUACAAAAGAAUAUUUAUACUGAUUCUUUGCACAUGUAUUCCGAUGGGGAGUUCAGAAUGUAGGUCAUUUAAGAACAAGACCAAAAGCAGAGCGCUCAGAACGCUCAUUCUAAAGAAAUUAGAGGCACUGCUUCCAUUCCAUACGGCGGCAACUGUGUCUUGGUACAAUAGUUUGAUAAUUUUAAUAAUUUUCGUUGAGAUUCCCAAUGUUAUAAGUUUGUGAAUAAGAGCUUCUCUGUUAAUAUUGUCUAACGCAGCUUUAAAGUCUACGAACCAAGCAUAAAGUUUCUUUUUCUGGCUUAGUUGCAGCUGAAUAAGGUAUGAAAGAUUGAAAAUCUAAUCUUUUCGAUAUGAGCCUGGAAUUCAUUGAGUACAUUGUUGUUUUCGAUCUAAGUAGUAAGGCGGUUUAGGAGAACUGAGGUGAAUAAUUUGUAGAGGGUAUCUAAAAACUAAAGCUCACGAUAGUUAGAUACAAGACUAGCGUCACCUUUUUAGAAGAGCGGAAAGAUAAUUUAUUUUUGAAGGAUGUUGGUAUUGUUUUUGUUUCGUAGAUUCCUUUCAACAAAAUAUGAACAUCCCCAGUAAAAGAAUUACUCGCAUUUUUAUAAAACUCAUAUGAAAUGCCGUCUAUACCCGGAGCUUUGUUUUCUUUUGAAGAUUCAAUCGCAAUCUUUACUUCAUUUAAAUCAAUUGGGUGAUCAAGUUCAUGUAUUUCAACUAGAUUUGUUUCACAGGAAUAUUCUCCGCUGCUUAAUCGAUUUGAAUUUAGGGAGUUUUCGAAAUAUAACAUAAAUUUAGAAGCUGUAAUUUGGGUUCCAGUAUUCGUAGGAUUACCACGUAUCUCUUUAGCCAGUUUCCACCAAUCUUUUGCUGUGUUAAUACUUGCAACUUGUAAGUUGACUGGAAAUGCAUUGGUAGUACGAUCUUUGUUUUUCUUUACAUAGGGCUUUGUACUUCUUAUUUGCUUCACAAUAAUUUUUUCUACUUGCAUCGAGAUUAUAUUUUCUGUAAAUGUUAAGUAGCUUAAGUGAAGAUCAUUGAGCUUUAUGACAAUCCAUAUCAAACCAGGAUUUCUUUCGCUCAAACUUGACAUUGGUAUUAAUAGGGUUCCUAUAUGCUGCAUAGAUACAUUCUUUUAAGGAGUUGCAUCGUAUUCCAAUACUAUCCAAAGAUAAGAGUUUUUGCACAGCAACUUCAUCAAUUCUGUUUAUGUAUUGAGGGCGUCUAUUGGUAAACCAUUUAAGUCUUGGAAACAACAAUGAACUGGGGGAACUUUGCUUUUCUUCAAAAGCUUUAAGACCUUAAACUAGCGGCAUGUGGUCCGAAAAGGUUGUACUUUCAAUUGAGAAACUUUCAAUCAUUUCCAAUGCACUGUAUGAACGGCAGCAGUAGUCAAUAACUGAGGAUCCUCUGGUUGCCACAAAAGUAAACUCUCCAAUUUUAUCGCCAAAGCUUCUUUCGUUAAGGAUAAAUGCACCGAUGUCUUUCAAGAGCUCACAAAACAUAUUGCUGUUGCUGUCACUUACAGUAUCUUUUGAAAUUCUCACUUCAGUGAUAAGUUGUGAUAUCCGUGAAUGGACUGUUCCUUUGAUUCCUAUUCUAACGUUAAGAUCUCCCAUAAGUAUAAAGUGGUUUGAUUGAAAUUCAUCAAAAAAUGUUUGCAAUCCAAUGAUUGCAGUUUAAAUAGAUUGAAACCAAAUUUAGAUUAGAUCCCAAAAAGUUGCAUUGCAAGAAGACAGUACAUUGAAGAAUUUCAGUUGGUAUAUGGAUUCAAUAGUUUUACGGAAUCCAUAUAAGCAUCCUCCACUAGCUCUGCCAAAAUUAAAUGUUUUUGUUGCCGCAAUCCAGUAUAGUUUAAAAUAAAUUUCAUAAUGACGAAUUUGCUUUGAUAAAACAAGUUUCAUACAAAACGAAAAUAUCAAAUUUACAAACGUAUUUAAAAAAGUUGCAUAAAAUAGUUUUAUUAACAAGACCAGCUACAUUAUAACACAAGACCUGAAAGACUUUUGUUAGCUAAUGGUUAUUUGGUUUAUUUUCGUUUGGGCGUUGUAUGUUUGUACUAGUAUCCAGGAUGACAGUGUAAUUUGAGUUCUUUCCUAAAAACUGACUCAGAAAUUGUCUGUCUUUUUCUUUAAAGGCUCUUACAACGCCAUCUUUGCUGCAUUUAAACCGACUUCAUCCAUCAACCAAAAGAGUCCAGCGUUUGAUCUCAAUGCGGAUUUUGCUAUCACCUUUAGGAAGGCAUCUUUUUAUCUGUCGAAGGUUUACUUAAGUACUUUAUUUUCUUCUUGCAGUGCAGCAACUUUCAUUUUGAUACUAUUAACAUCUUCCUUUGGAGCUGUUUUAACUAGUUUUUGGUCCAAGAGCUUAUCUAUUUCUUCUUUUCUAGCUUUUCAAAGAAAGUAAAACUCUACUAUAUGCUCAUUAUAACUGCUAAAAUGUUUUUAAAAAAAUCCCAAACAAUGUUCUUCCAUUGUGUCCUUAUGAAAAAUUUUGAAAAAUAAAAUAAAUUAAAAUUGAAAAGAAAAAAAUAAUAUUUAUACACCUCUUAUUGUAAUUGUUUGUUUUAAACUUCUAAACAAAAUGAAUACCGAUGUUGCCUUUUUUUAACAUAAUUUUUUCGUAAACUAUGUAAAAUUAUACCAAAGUUUAUAGAAAUAUUUCGAAUUUCGAUAAUUUACAUCAUUUAUGUUUCAUUGAUACUUAAAAAAAAAAUAUAGUUUUAUUUAUACAUUUAUGUUCUUUUUUUAUUUUGAGUAAUAAAUAUAUUUUUUAAGGCAAAUGUUUUAAACUUUUAUAAGCUUUAAUGUAAUGUGUUUUACAUCGAAUGCAUGGAAAAAAGAAGUAGAAGAAUUAACACAAUAACUUGAAGACUUUUUAGAAUAGAUAUAAAUAAAUAUUAUUUUUAUAAAUUUAUAGAUUGUAGUAUUUAAUUAAUAAUAAAUCUAAGUUAUAUUGAAAAUAAAAGUAAAUGGAAUAAAUUUUGGUGAUGAAA